AUAUUUGUGUGAAAAACAAGUUUGUGGAAAUAAAUUUCAAAUAUUUUUUAAAAAAAUUAUUUGAUUUACAAUUAAAAAAAAAUUAUUGAAAACCAUUAAUUUUCUUUAAAAAAUUUGUUUUUUUAGUGAGUCAGUGUUUUAAGAAAGUGUGUUUAAGUUGAAUUUCUUUACCCACCACACACCCCCCUGAAAACACCCAAGAAAAAAUAAAACGUUAUUUGCUGUAUUGUUGUUAUUUUUUUGCUGUCUAAGUUUGUUUUUAUUGCAUUUUUUGUGCUGUUAUUUUUCUUAUCUCUUAAUUGUUGUUGUUUUUAGUCUUCAAUAUGUCGUCGGCAACAUCAUCAUCACCACCAAUAACAGCAACAACAACUUCAACUGCAACACGCACUUCGGAUUGUCGUAAAUUUUCACCAAAUAUUUUCAACAAAAGCAAAUGCAGCCAUUGUUUUCGUCAACGUGAGGAACACAGUGCCGCCGCCUUGGAAUGCAAUAGGGCUUCUCGUAAAGUUUCAAAAUGUGGUUAUUUAUUCGUUGCACCAGAUUGGGACUUCAGUAAUCCUCUCUACAGAACUAAGGUAAGGCUCUUGUUUCCUAAAUAUUUAAUUUUAAUUAACAACCACCUGUAAGUAGCUAACAAACUCUAUAAGGAAUUUAUUAAUUUGGCGUCUUUUUUUCUCAGUUGUUAAUUAAGUCUUUUUCGUUUGAAGUCAUCCAACCAAACUAAACAAAAAAAUCUAAUCAAGAUUCAUGCUUACUUAAGGCCACAUGCAGGUUUAGUUUUUGCCAAAUAUUAAACCAACUAAAAUAUUCUAAUUAAUUUUGUUUAAAAAAGUUUAAUUUUAGUAAACUAUCAUCAUUAGUUUUUUUUUUUUGCUGCUUCAACGCCUUUGGUUCUUUUCUAUUAGUCCGCUACAUUCAAAUACCAAUUACCACAAAAUGCUCAUAAAAAGAAAAUUCAUUAAAGCAAAAUAAUGACAAUUUUAAAAUUUCAUUAAAAAAAAAAUCAAGUAGCGCGCACAGCCACCAAAAACAAAAA